UACUGCGUGUCUAGUAUAGAAUAGAUUAUCAGACAAAGAAAAGCACACGGAAGUCGCCGACUUGGAGCAACGCAGACAAAUUUCGAGCUCUGAGAGACAAGUGCUGCCCUGUCCUGUCCACCAUGGCCGGCCGGCUCGCCCUCUCCAGGGCUGCAAAGCAUGUUGUGGCUGCGGCGGGGGCGGCGCGUUCAGCUCCUGCCUUCAGGGCACCUGCUGCAAAUGCACCUUCUGGAGCAGGUAGUGUGCUUAGCAAUUUACAGCAGAGGUACCUAUCAAGCUUUGUUGGUCAGAGGGCACAGGGCGUGCACUCUCGCUUUGCUUCUCUUUCUAAUAAAGGGAUUCAUAGGAGUGAUCCACAAAGAGUUUUACACAACUUCAUCAAAAUACUAAAUCGAGGAAUUUCAAAUGCAGCAAGGGAGGAAGUAAGUGUUCUUAGCACAGGCAUUGCGCCGGUGUAUGUAGUAGAGAAAGGCCUGCUGAAAAAGCAGCUUCUGCGUACCUGUGGAGGCCUUGUAGUUACUGGCUCUGCAAUCUAUGGCAUUAAGGCUUUGAUUGAUAGUUAUGUUAACGAUAUGGCUGAAAGUCUCAAAGACAGAGAAGUUGGUAAAUCUGGUGGUUUGAAUGAAGUGGCCAUGGAGAUAAGCACAAAAUUCAGUGACGUAAAGGGGGUUGAUGAAGCCAAAGCUGAGCUUGAGGACAUAGUUCACUACCUACGAGAUCCCAAGCAUUUCACACGCCUUGGUGGCAAGCUUCCAAAGGGUGUUUUGCUUAUGGGCCCACCCGGCACAGGGAAGACCAUGUUGGCAAGGGCUGUGGCCGGGGAAGCCGGCGUCCCUUUCUUUGCGUGCAGCGGCAGUGAUUUUGAGGAGGUGUAUGUAGGUCUUGGAGCUAAGAGAGUGAGGGACCUCUUUGAUGCAGCAAGGCAGCUGUCUCCUUGCAUAAUUUUCAUCGAUGAAAUUGAUGCGAUUGGUGGGCUCAGACACGCAGGAGGUUCAAUGUCGCAGAGGCAGACCCUGAACCAGCUGCUUGUUGAGAUGGAUGGCUUCAAGCAGAAUGACGGGAUCAUCGUGGUCGCGGCGACCAACUUCCCCGAGUCAUUAGAUAGCGCCCUUGUCAGGCCUGGGCGUUUUGACCGUCAAAUCAAUGUCCCUAUUCCAGAUGUUGAGGGCCGACGACAGAUCCUUGAGGCUUACAUGUCAAAAGUGUCUACAGGCAAGGGUGUGGAUGCAAUGACCAUUGCGAGGGGAACGCCUGGGUUUUCAGGUGCAGACCUUGCAAGCCUAGUGAACGAUGCCGCUCUCAAGGCUUCCACGGAUGGGGCAAAUGCUGUUGGGACUGAUCACUUCGAGUACGCCAAGGACAAGAUCCUCAUGGGCAGCGAGCGCAAGUCGUUGGUGAUAUCUGAACAAUCCAGGAAGAAGACUGCGUACCACGAGGGUGGGCACGCCCUUGUUGCCAUCCUCACAGACGGUGCUGAACCUGCCCACAAGGUCACCAUUGCGCCCAGAGGAAAUACUCUCGGCAUGGUGGCGCAGCUGCUGGGGGAAGACAGUGAGCUGGAACUCUCCAAGAAGCAGUUGCUGGCGAUGCUGGAUGUGUGCAUGGGAGGGCGAGUGGCUGAGGAGCUUAUAUUUGGAGAAGCCGGGAUCACCACUGGCGUCUCAUCUGACCUAAGCAAGGCGACUCAAUUGGCGAAAGCCAUGGUCACCAGGUAUGGUAUGAGCAACCGGGUCGGCUUUGUUUCGUACGGCAAUGACGGUGAUGGUGGCGCUGGCAUGACGUCGGCCCUGGUUGAUGAGGAGAUCAAAGCAUUAUUGGACAACGCUUACCGGAACGCAAAAACAAUUCUCACGGAGCACAACAAGGAGCUCCAUGCGCUAGCAAAUGCCCUCCUGGAGCAUGAAACUCGCACUGGUGACCAGAUCAAGGAACUAGUUUCGACAGGACGAGAAGCAGAUGGUCAUAACAAUAGCCAGCAAGAUCAUCAGGUGACACCUUCUCUCACCGGUAACGAGAUCGCCAAACUAGUAUCGACAGAAGAACAAGCAGAUGGCCAUAACAAUAGCCAGCAAGCUCAGGGAACACCUUCGUCGCCCUAGUCCGUGGAGACGCUUACAGGUAGAAGUAUUUUCUUUUCGUGCUAUUUUUGUGCCAUGCACACGAAAUGUACAGAGCGAUGUAUACGGUUUGGAUUUUCCUCUGACUUUUAAUUGGCAAGUCUGAAGAGAAUGCGGUGUUUUGUA